UCUGGAAGACUUUUAUACAAGUCCUGAGAGGUCUGCAAGCUCUCCAUGGAUUAAAGAUAAUGCACAGAGAUCUGAAAAGUGCCAAUGUGUUUUUGUAUAAGGAUGGAACUGCCAAAUUAGGCGAUCUCAAUGUUUCCAAGGUAGUCAAGCAAGGGCUUGGGUAUACACAAACGGGAACUCCUUAUUACGCCUCUCCUGAAGUUUGGCAGGAUAAGCCUUACGACUUUAAGAGUGAUAUUUGGUCUCUAGGAUGAGUGCUUUAUGAGUCAAUAUGCUUAAAACCUCCCUUUAGAGCGGAUGAUAUGGAAGGAUUGUAUAAAUAAAGUACUUAGAGGAGCAUAUCCCAAAAUUCCUAAAUAUUUUUCAGGAGACUUAUCUCUGAUAAUCAAAGCAAUGCUAAAAGUCUCACCGAGCAAAAGACCUAGUUGUAAUCAGAUUCUAAAUACGAGCAUUAUUUCUUCUAGACUAGAUACAUUAUUUCCAAAUGAAGUUAACGAUAAUGAAGAUGUACUGCUGCAGACUAUUUAUAUUCCUAAAAAGUUAAGUUUUCUAACAGAAAGAUUACCGAAGCCAACUUAUGAAGAUAAUGGAGAGACUGAUGACGAAUCUUCAGGUUCAAAGGACAGAAAAAUAGAUGAUAAUGGCCAAAGCUCUCUUCCAAACAUUGAUCAGACUCCUCCUAAGCCAGGAAUAAUAAAGAUAAAGAGCAUAAAGGAGAAUGUAUCAAUGUCAAGCAGUUAUAGUGACUAUUCUUACAAUAAGCAAAAAGAAAAAGGCUUAGCUGAGAACAGUUAUUCUAUCGAUACAAACCCACAUGAGAAAGGUCUUCCCUCUCCUCUGGAUGACUAUUCCAAUAUCUAUAGUUCAAAGGCUGAUUACUUCCAAGGGAAAUUGAACAAUAGGCUCUCUGCCAAACGAGAAAAGGGUAAGGUCAAUAACAGCAGCGAUUCGAAGCUUAAAAUCCAAAGAGUGAAGCACAGAAUGAAUCCUGGCAGGAACCUGAACCUUAAGAUUGAGAAGAACGAUUAUCACCAUUCCAGUUUAUCUAGGAAGGACUCUGAAGAACAGAGCAGGGAUAGUUCACUUGUGGUCAUCGGCACAAUGGAUAAGAAAAAUAUUUCUAAAUCAAGACCUAAGCAAAGGCCAUUAAAAUUACUUGAAGAUAGUGAGAGAUUUAGCUCUGUCUUGAAAAUACUAGCAGCUUCUGAUGAAAUUAAUGGGAACACUGAUCGGAAUAGUAAACGAAGCAGCGUCCCUCCUCGGCUUAAGAAAUAUAAUAUUCCAGGGAGUAGCAAGAUCAGUUCCUCUUUGAUAUCUCAGAAAAAUCGAAUCGGAGGUAGCAAAAAGAUGAAUAAUAUUAAUGUUCACAAAUACAGCGGCAAAGGGUUUAAAUAAACAGAAACCUCGAGUUGGAGUUGCUUAUAUUAGCAAACCCAGGUUUGACAAAAUUCAAAGUGUUGGAAGAUCAAAUUCCCAACUAAACAAAGAAAAUAAGAGUGUGAGUAUAGUGUCUUUAUCUCCUAAUAAUGACCUGAACUAUGGCAAAGAUAUGGUUCUCUAUAACCCAUACAAUAAGUCAAUCUCUAAGCAGAAAAUCCAUCUUCCUUACUUGAAAAGUAGGAGAGCUGCCCCUAAGAUAAGAAAGGAUCCCAAGCAGGUGAGGCCUCGUAAUGAAAGCUCUAUAAAAAAUACCUCAAUAGAUGUACUGACUUCAAGUCAUAAGAACUCUAACAACAAGUCCCUUAAGAAUGAUAAAUCGUUCGACUUACUCAGAGAAAUCAAGAACUUAAAGAAGAGAAUUUCCAAGCCUAAAGUUGAGGAUUUUGACCAAAGCUAUAGGGUGGGAAAGAGAUAGACCCCUUCGGUUUCUAACUCUUUUAUAUUUGCCCAUAUUUAACAAUCUUUUAUGUAUGAGGACAGGGAGUAAGAACCUUCUCUUUCUCAUAAAUUAUUCGAGGUUUGAAAGUU